AUGUCGGUGAAUAAAAAAAAGACAAAUAAUGAAGAUAGUUUAACAUUUCUAAAUGUGUAUUCUGAUGUUCUUUUUAAAUAUACCGAAGAGAACAAAAAAAAAAAUGAAUUAUCUGAAACAUUCUUAUUAAGAGAAAAAAUACGAGACGGAAAAAGAUUAAUAAAAAUAAAUAUUGACAUCAUUUUAAUUAUAGUUUUGUUUUUUGUUCUUUGUUCUUCUACAAACGUAAUUAAAAUUAAAAAAUUUCAAAACUAUAUUUAUAAUAACCUGAAUGAAUCAAAAGCAUAUUCCGAAUCUUUUUAUAAAUCACUAAGUGAUGACAUAAAAAAAAUAAAUGAUGAUUUUUCUUAUGAACCUAGAAAAAAAGAUUAUACAAUCUUUAAAAAUAUAAGUAAUAAAUUUGAAUUAUCUUCAUGGAUAAAAAAUACAUUUGUUGAAAAAGUUUCUAAAGAGAAAUUUUUAAAUAAUAAUAUUUUGUUUGGUAAAUGUUGGAGAAUAUCAAUGAGAUUAUAUAAAAAGAAAGAAAAUAUAUCAGAUAAUAUUUACAAAGAUAAAAAAUUAUAUGAACUUUAUCCUGAUAAUUCAUUCUCCUAUGAUUUAGAAAAUGCACAAAAUCUUACUUCUCUUUAUUUUGAUGUAAGGUGGAGAUAUAAUUUUUCUAAGGAUUUAUCAUAUAAAAAAAUAGGAGGACUAUAUCAAAUAAUAUGUGAGAGUGAUCAUAAUAAAAUUCAAGAAAAGCUUACUCAAGGAAGCUUUUAUACACAAAAUUAUCCUUACUUUGUACCAGCUGUUAUAUUAACUAAUUAUAAUAUAGCUUCUGUUACUGUAGAUUUUUUAUUAUUUAAUCCUUUAUUAAAUAUAAUUUCCUAUAAUGUUUUAAAAUUUUCUUUUUUACCUAAUGCCAAAACAUAUAAAGAAAUAGUUACUUUAUCAGCUAUAUAUAACAAAUUAAAUAUAUAUUUUCUUAUUUCAUUACCUGUAUUUAUUAUAUUAUUUAUUACCUAUAUUACAAUAAAUGUUAAAAAAAUGACACUGGUUGGUUUCAAAUUGUAUAUUAAAUCAUAUUAUACUAAAUUUUUUCUCAUAGUUUCUAUUAUUAUUAAUUUCAUAACAUUAACCAUAUAUCUUCUAUCUCAUUCUAGAUUGCCUAAUUUAAAUUUAGAAUACAAAAAUGGAAAAUAUACAAUAAAUUCUUUAUAUUCUCAAAUUAAAGAAGAUAAAAUUGCAUAUUUUCUACAUGAGAUGUACAUAACAAUUUCAAAUAUAGAGUUAAUAAAAAAUAUAUUUAUUUGUACAACAGCAAUAACUUUUGCCUUAUCUUGUAUUGUUUUCUUAAAGCAUUUUGGUCUUCUAGUGAAAAAAUAUAGUAAUGUUGAAAAAAAUAUAAAAGAAGAUUUCUUGUAUCCUUUUUUUAUUAUUUUAAUAAUUAUAUUCGGAUGUUUAGCUAUUUUUUCUGUAUUUUGUCAUAAGCUUUUUGAUAUCUCAGAAAAUAUUAGUUUUAGUAAGAUACAUAUUUUUAUUUUUAAUAUAUGUAUAAUUUUUGCAAAUUUUCAAGGUUUCAAUAUUUCUUCUAUUGUAAGUGAAGAAAACAUUUUAUCUUACUUUUAUGCAAUUCCUAUUCUUUUUUUUAUUGUUACUAUAAGUUUUUCUUUCAUUUUUUUUUUAGCAAUAAAAUCUUUCAUUAAAAGAAAUAAAAAAAUAUAUAAAUCAUUUAUAUAUCAAUAUAGUAAGUUAUUAAGAGAGAACAAAAAUAAAAAAAAUAAGGAAAAAAAAAAUGGAAUAUUUUUUGAUAAAUUUUUACGUGAUGUAAAUUAUGAUUAUAAUUUAGAUGAAAAUGAGAACAUUAAAAAUGAAAAAAAAAAAAAAGAAAAUGUAGAAAGAGAAGAUAAAACAAAUAAACUUAAUAAUGAAAAAAAUAGCACAUAUAUAAAUGAAGGCUCUGAUGAAGAUAUAGAAAACGAAAAUCAUUUAAAAAAUAAAAAUGAAUAUUUAAGUGACAAAAAUAAUAAAGAUUCAGAAGAUAUAUAUGAGAAUUCAAAUGAUGAUAGUAAUGAAAAUUUAAGGGAAAAUAGUAAAUACUCAUCAGAAAGUUCCAGUGGUUGCGAAAUUAACAUUGAUGAGGUAAAUGAAAAUUUAAAUGUAAAAGAUUUAGUAAAUGUGAGAAAUAGCUCAAAAAAUGAUAAAUCUAUAUAUUAUGAAAAAAAUAAUAAAAAAAAAAAUCUUUUCAAUAUAGAAAAAAUUUUAGACUAUUUUUUUAAUAUGAAUAGAAGCUUUUUGCCUUUUUCUUAUAAAGAAAAAAAGUAUAUUUUAAAAAAUUAUAAGAGUAAAACAUCUAGUGGUAGACUAAUUUUUUAUAUAUAUUUAUAUACUUUUUUGUUGUUAUUUGUUAUGUUAUUUAUUGUUAAUGAUUAUAAAAAAAUUAAUGAAAGUGAAAAACUACUAAAAUAUCAGAUAGAAAAUAUAGGCUAUUUACCAAACGAUGAUUUAUUUAUUAAUAUGCAAUUCUAUCACAUAGAGAAAAAUAUUAAUGUAAAUAUUAAAAAAAAGGAAUUUAAUUUUAAUCAAAUAGAACAUAAAGAUGAUGUUAUACAGUGGCUUAAAACUUGUUUUAUUUCUUUUUUACAAAAUCGUUCUAGUACAUAUGGAAAUGAUGCAAAAUUUCAUAGUACAUAUAUGUGGAAGGAAAUAUUUAAUUUUAAGUAUCAUCAAGGAAUAAAUAUAAAAAUAACAUCUAGAGAACAAAUUAAAAUUCCAAAUACUAAAUUUAUUUGUGACGUUAAACUAAAAAAUUGCGAAAUAUAUAUAGAAAAUGAAAAAGCUAAAUUGGUUAAUACUAUAAAUGAUAUAGCAUUAAUUAUUAAUGAUUCCAUUCAAAAAAUUGAAAUUUCCUUUAUUUUAUCUGAUAAGAUUAACGAUUAUAGUAUUCUAGUUAACAUACAUUUUAUUUUUAUUUCUAGUGGAUAUAUAUCAAAAAAUAUAUUUUUUGGUCAUCUAUUUUUUAAUUCUUUUAAUAUUUUUUAUUUUAAAGGUGUUGCAAUUAAUAUUUUAUUUUUCACAAUGCUCUUAGGUUUAUUUAUUGUUAUCUACUUAUUUUUAUUUAAAAAUUUUGUGAGCUUUUAUAAAGUAUGUUCUUUUGUUGCAAAUGGAUGUGAUAAUAAUACAGCCUCUAAAAUUGAAAAAGUGAAUAAUUUAAAUAAUGAUAAUAAAGAAAUUGAAAAUUUAGACAAACAUGUUAAUUUAAACAGCAAUAAUUAUAAUUAUGGUAAUUAUAAUUAUGGUAAUUAUAAUUAUGGUGAUUAUAAUUAUGGUGAUUAUAAUAAUGGUAAUUAUAAUAAUGGUAAUUAUAAUAAUGGUAAUUAUAAUAAUGGUAAUUAUAAUUAUGGUAAUUAUAAUUAUGGUAAUUAUAAUUUUUAUGACAAUUAUAACAACGAUGAUAUUAACAUUAACAAUGUUAACAAAAAAGUAACUAAAAUAGGCUCAAACUUUAAAUUAAAAAUUUAUCUAACAUAUAUUCUUGAAAAUAAUAUUUUAAAUUUUAUCAUUUUUCCUUUACAUAUUCUAAUUAUUGCAUUUUGGCUAGUUUUAUCUAUAGAUAUUAAUUGGAUUAUAAAUAACACUAAUAAAAAAAAUAAUCAUUUUAAUGUCCAUUUAAAUUUAUUUUCAUAUAUUUCAUAUUUUAUAAAUAUUUUUUACUUAUUUAUUUUUUUAGCCAUAAUAAAUAAGUUUAUUUUCCUUUCUAAUUACUUUAAAAAGGAAAUAUUAUAUGAAGCAUUACAUUCUAAUAAAAAACAAAUAAUUAAAAGUACCGCUUUAUUAAUAUUUUUUUACUUAAUUUUUACUAUAUUUAAUUUUUUUUUUUAUGGUAUUGAUGAUUUUAAUGACUUAUCUCCACGACAAUAUUUUAUUUAUUCUAUUUUAAUUUUAUUAGGCUUAGUUAAUAUAGAAAUUUAUUUAAAAUGUAAUAUUUUCUAUUUUUUAUUAAUUAUCUUACCAUAUUUAGUUUUAAUACGCUUUCUUUUUAUUUAUGCAUUUUUUGCUCCUAUUUUUGCUACUUAUAUUAUUUUGUUAAGGAAAAAAAAAAAAAAGAAAAAAAAAAAAGUAUAUGAUAAAAAAACAGAUGAUAAUUCCUCUUUUACAUUAACACAAUUAAGUAAUGAGCAAUGGAGUAAUUUAAAUGAAGAUAUAAAGCAAUUUGCUAGAAUGGAAACUUAUAAUAUGUUGCAAUUUUUUGAAAAAUUAAACCAUGAAUUAAAAAAUAAUGUAGAUUUUUCUGUAAUACUAAGGAAUACAAGUGAAAAAUUAAAUGAAAAAUUCUACACAUUUCAAUUGGAAUUACGCAAAAUAGAAUUACAAUGGAAGUUCAGAAGUAAACUAUUAAGUUCAUCUAUGGCAUAUUUAGAAAAACUAAAUAAUCAAAUAAGUAUGCAGGAAGAAAUUAUUAUUGAAAAUAAAAAUAGGAUAUUAUCUUUAAAACAAUACUUAAAACAAAUUAAACCGGAUUCAUGA